GAAAAAUUUGGAGAGCUUCACUCUGAGCUGCUUGCUUUCUCUCGAUCGCUUCAUCUCGCCCAACACCACGGUGGACAAAUCGUGCGGCUCCUGAAGACCCUCCCUCUACCAGACAGCCGUCCGAAUCGUGAGCCCUUUUAUUCACGGACCACCCAUAUCACCACUGUUUUUCUUUUCUCAAUUCACCUGUCCCCAAGUCGCAAAUCCAGCGCGUCGAGAAAACAGACACCCGACUGACAUUAGUCCCCCGCUACUUCGUCACCAACAACAACAACAAAAACAACAACACCGAUCGCGAGUUGAAUAUAUCGAAUUGCGAUAUCCUUUACGAUGUCCGUCUCCAAGGAUGUCAUCAUGCCCUCGUCGGCUCCCGCUCCCCCUGUGAACGACAAUGAGCUUCCCCUCCUUCUGAAGGGCUACAACGACAUGCUCGUCCGCACCAACCAUUGGACUCCCAUCCCCUAUGGUUGUGCCCCCCACAAGCGUGAUAUCAAGUCCUACAUCUCCAGCGGUGUCAUCAACCUUGACAAGCCUUCCAACCCUUCCUCCCACGAGGUUGUCGCCUGGCUCAAGCGCAUGCUUCGCGUUGAGAAGACUGGUCACUCUGGUACCCUUGAUCCCAAGGUCACUGGCUGCUUGAUUGUCUGUGUUGAUCGCGCUACUCGUCUCGUCAAGGCCCAGCAGGGCGCUGGUAAGGAGUACGUUUGCGUGAUCCGUCUCCACGACAAGGUCCCUGGUGGCGAGGCUGCCUUCGCUCAGGCCCUCGAGACCCUCACUGGUGCUCUUUUCCAGCGGCCCCCUCUUAUUUCGGCCGUCAAGCGUCAGCUCCGUAUCCGUACCAUCCACGAGAGCAAGCUCAUUGAGUUCGACAAUGACCGCCACCUUGGUGUCUUCUGGGUGUCUUGCGAGGCCGGCACCUACAUCCGUACUCUCUGCGUUCACCUUGGUCUUCUCCUCGGUGUUGGCGCUCACAUGCAGGAGCUUCGCCGUGUCCGCUCCGGUGUCAUGUCUGAGGACGAUGGCAAGCUUGUCACGCUUCACGAUGUUCUCGAUGCCCAGUGGGCCUACGACAACGGCGGUGACGAAACCCUCCUUCGCAAGGUCAUCCACCCCCUGGAGACUCUCUUGUGCACUUACAAGCGUCUCGUUGUUAAGGAUACCGCUGUCAACGCCAUCUGCUACGGUGCCAAGCUCACGUUGCCCGGUCUAUUGAGAUACUCCAAGGACAUUGAUGUGCACGAGGAGGUUGUUCUCAUCACCACCAAGGGUGAGGCUAUUGCUAUUGGUAUUGCGCAGAUGAGCACUGUCGAGAUGUCGACCUGCGACCACGGCGUCGUCGCCAAGGUCAAGCGCUGCAUCAUGGAGCGCGACCUUUAUCCCCGCCGCUGGGGUCUCGGCCCUACUGCCAUUGAGAAGAAGAAGUUGAAGUCCGAUGGCAAGCUUGACAAGUAUGGCCGCGCCAAUGAGAACACCCCCGCCGCCUGGAAGGCCAGCUACCAGGAUUACUCUGAGUCCCAGCAGGGCGCUGAGGCUGCCGCCCAGGAGGCUGCUGCCCCUCCCACCCCUGUCAAGGCUGCUGAGCCCGCUGCCGUUCCGGCCGCUUCCUCUCCUGUUAGGGAGGAGAAGGAAAAGAAGCGCAAGAGCAAGCACGAGGGCGAGACCGCCGAAGAGAAGGCGGAGCGCAAGAAGGCCAAGAAGGAAAAGAAGGAGAAGAAGUCCAAGAAGGAUGCUGAGGAUAGCGAGUAAUGGAUUUUUGAGAUGCUCUGAUCUUCUUUUUUUUCUCUGUCGGUUUGCACACACAACCUCUGGGCGUUUUUAUUUGGGGGCUGGUCAAGGGAAAAAUCGGAGGGCGUUUUGGGAGUUUUUGUCCUGUCUGAUUAUCAUGGCAUACAGCUUGUUGGGGUAGCACGUUAUGCAUUAUACCUGGAGCUUUGCGAGUUUGUGUCGGGGGUGGCGGUGGAUGUCUAUAUAGCUGUAUGUAGUAAGAAUGGAGAGUUGUACGAUAUAUUUUGGGUGUGAUGGGA